AUGAACCCGGACGAUCCGAGGAUACGGAAAGACCCUGAUGGCAUUCCGCACCUUCCCACACCGGCGGCGAUCGAGGCGCUGGCGGAUCAAAGGAUCAUCGACAUUGCCUGCGGGGAGGCACGAAGGGGGGCCCUUGUUUGUCGUGAUCUUUCCUGGGUUCUUCGGGGUCUGAGGAACUUCGCCUCACUAACGCCCCUGCACUUCUUGGAGCGCUCCGCAGACGUUUUUCCCGAGAGGACCGCCAUCAUCCACGGCCCCAUCAGGAGAUCGUGGGCCGAUCUCUACGCGCGAUCCCGGCGCCUAUGCUCGGCUCUCAAAGCGCGCGGCGUGCAGCGGGGUGAUGCAGUGGCCGUGUUGCUGAACAACUCCCCCGAGAACAUCGAGGCCCACUUCGGUAUACCAAUGAGCGGCGCCGUGCUGAACCCGCUGAACUACCGCCUGGAUGCCAGGACCUUGAGCUUCAUGCUGGGCCACUCCGAAGCCAAGAUACUGAUCGUGGACCGUGAGUACAGUAAGCUGGUGGCAGGUGUGCUGGCAGCAUUUCCCGAAGGCAAGCGGCCUUUCGUGAUCGAUGUGGACGAUCCCAUGUGCCCUGAGAAGGACCGGGGCCCCCUGAUCGGCUCCAUGAACUACGAGCAGCUGCUCUCCGAGGGCGACCCCCUGGCGCCCUGGGAAGCGCCCCCGGAUGAGUGGGACACGCUCUCCUUGUGCUACACCAGCGGGACCACCGCAGAUCCCAAGGGUGUAUUGCUGCAUCACCGCGGCGCCUACCUGAAGAGCGUGCACUUGAUCAUCAAGUGGCCGCUUCACCGACACUGUGUUUACCUUUGGACAGUCCCCAUAUUCCACUUGAAUGGCUGGUUCUUCCCCUAUGCGGUGGCGGCCGUUGCAGGUGUGAACGUGUGUCUCAGAAAGGUGGUUGCAGACGACAUCUUUGCAGCCGUCAAGGAGCACGGGGUCACGCACAUCUGCGGAGCACCCAUUGUCAUGAGCACGAUGCUGCAAUACAGCGGCAAGCGUACCUGGAGCCAGGACCUGAAGUUCAUGACCAGUGCCGCGGCCCCGCCGGCGCCCGUCCUCGCCCGCAUGGCGGAGUAUGGCAUCGAAGUGAGCCACGUCUAUGGGUUGACAGAGGGCUAUGGAACAGGUGUCAUGUGCGAGUGGAAGGAUGAGUGGAACUCCAAGACCAUGGAGGAGAAGGCUGCCUUCCUGGCACGCCAGGGAGUGCGCUGCUUGGAGCUGGAGUACCUGGAGGUCAUCGACCCGGAGACGCGAAAGCCGGUCCCGAGGGAUGGGCAGACGAUCGGCGAGAUCGUCAUGAGCGGCAACACCAUCAUGAAGGGAUAUUUCAAGAACCCCGAGGCGACGGCCAAGGAGUUCAAGGGAGGCGUCUUCAACACCGGCGACUUGGGUGUGAGAUACCCCGAUGGGUACAUUCAGCUGAAAGACAGAUCCAAGGACAUCAUCAUUUCAGGCGGCGAGAACAUAUCAUCCCUGGAGGUGGAGAGCAUCAUGAUGGGCAAUCCGAAGAUUGCAGAGGUGGCAGUUGUUGCCAGACCCGACGAGAAGUGGGGUGAGACGCCCGUGGCCUGGAUCGUCUGCCGCCAGGGCAUGACGUUGUCCGACGAGGAGAUCUACAACUGGUGCCGCGAGCACAGCGACCCGGCCUGA